AUGGACAAUAUAGUUAACUCCUAUAUCAGGGAGAUUGAGGGUUACCUCAACAACAAACGGAUAAUGUGUGAGGCGGAAGGGAGAAGGGAUUUUAUCCCGUUGAUAGAUCGAACGGUACAAAUGGUACGUUCAAUAAAAUAUCCGCUAGCACCGGAGACGACUUCCAGCAUGAAUGUCAAUGAACAAGGCAAAAGUUCGUCACAACAUACAUUUGAACGCCCACCCGAGAAAAUGUAUCAUUAUGCAGAAGGGGAGGCGAUCGACUGUGCCAUAUGCAUCGAGCAGGUUGAAGCAAAGCAUGCCCAAGUGGAAAAAUAUGUCAAACAACCAAGGACUUGGGAACAUCCACUAAGCAGUCCCCCAACUCCGCAAAAUCUCAGCGAACCAAAUGAUAUGCCACAUCCGGGAGAAUUAGAUUUUGCCAACUUUCAACGUGUCCUGGUUUUUAAAGUCAUCCUCAAUUUUGAAGGAGUACUGCAAGUUGUGAAUUCUAUCUUCGGUGGAAGAUUGAAUCUCGGCCAUCCGUUUCGCAACGACAAUGGUGCUGAAGAAGACUUUUUCGAUAAUGAAGACAAUAGUGAUGACGUCUCAGAUGUGGACCAAGUAGACUAUGAACCUCGUUUUGAAGGGGUCCACGAUCAUCUCGAAAAUUAUGACAGCGAUUCAGACGAUGAGUCGAAUUCAUCCGAAGAAGAUCUUGAAUAUGAUCAAAAUAAUUCUCAUAGAUAUCGUUCACAUCGUAAUUCGCAAUAUAACGGUUCAACUGAUAAUCUUUCUAUGCAAGGAAGAAGAGCCCGCCUUGUCAUGCAUGCUAGCAACAGUCGCAUCGAUGACCUACCAGAUGGAGUUGGUAACGAUGAUGAUCAAGACAAUAUUGAUCACAGGCAACAAGGCAGGGAAUCUCGAUCCAUAUUACGAGAACGUCGAGAACGCGAUGCUUCUUCAAUGAGGUCCUGUUCCCCAUCGCUUUCUCGCCACCGAAGCGAUCCACCCAGGAAUAAUUACCACAGCUAUUACCUUGAGAGGGAACGAGAAGACUCACGUCGUGUUUCGAGUCGAGAUAGCGAAAUGGACGGGACGUCAUUAAGUAGACACGACAGUAGUUCCUCGUUCAUAGAACAUGCCACUCAAAUGCUAUACGAACGUUCUCCAAGUUACUUUGAACGACCAAUAUCUGAUCGUAGCCGUUCUACCAGUACUGUACUAGAAGAAUUACAGAGACCUAAUGGUUUACCUCAGAGGGCCAACGACUUACCAAGAUACGAUGAUAAUGCCCGGCGCAAUGAACGACGCAACGAUGAUGACCCAAGGGGUUCCACACCUUCAUAUGUCCGUGGUGAAGAGCCAUUGUAUAAUAACACUAAUCGGCUAAGCUUCAUGAAUACACUUCCACAAACCAUUCUAAACGCAUCACAAAAUUCAUCUACAUCAACGACUUAUGGUACACAAUCCGAUUCGGAAUACGAAUUUUCGAAUGCAUUAUAUCGACAUGCGACCACCACCUCAAGACUGAGAAACAUGUAUCAAGAUGAUUCCACCACCGAGGAGGGGAUAGACAGCGAAACUAGUAGUUCAUCGUCAGAACAUUCGGAAGCCGAAGAUGACCAAGACGAUGACGAAGUGAUGUUCACAGGUUAUCGGCGCUGCUUUUCUCGACAAUCCACUUCCUCUCUGGAAUCUCCUAUAUUCUCUUCAUCCGACGGGGAAGACGAGGACGAUGCUGCAUCUGUUGCGACCACAGCGAGUAACAUAUCUCCACCCAGGUCCGGAACGGAUCAACAUUGGUAUAAACCUUGGUCGUGGUAUGCUAAUCACACAACCGACUCGAAAUCGACGUCAAAGACCGCUUCGCGUGAAUCAACGGUCAACGAAGUUGACAGUGACGCCACAAUAAGUAGUGGCGAUGAACUCUAUUCGUGA